GCCCGUUGCGGAUGCGUGCGACGGGACGGUCUCGCGACCCGCUGUGUCCCUGCUCCCCAUCUUUCUCCGUCGCUGAAACGGAAGAUUAGCUACAAACACAACAAUGAGGGGAUUUAACGCGUAGCAGCCGCUGCUCCAUUUCAUUUAAGUUGAAAGCGUCGUGUUUGGGUUUAUUUCCCCGUGAAAAUGGCGACGGGUUCAGGCUGGCAGCCUCCGUACAACACCUCGACUAGCAGCACCAAAUAUACCCCCUCUCCAACGUCCAGCAUGUUUUACGACGGGACUUUGACGCUGGAAUACACUCAAGACCUGCAUUUGAAGAUGAGCAAGAAGAUAGCACAACUGACCAAGGUAAUUUAUGCUCUCAACACCAAGAACGACGAGCACGAGGAAGAAAUUGAGUCUCUGAAAGAAGCCCACGAGGACGAGGUCCAGCACAUUGUGACCGAAACCAGAGACAAGAUCAUGCAGUACAAGAGUAAGAUGGUGGACGAUGCGGACCUGAGGCGGCGGCUGGCCAGUCUGGAAGAAUCUGUCGAUCUCCACGAACACAUGAAGAGACAGGCUUUAGCAGAGUUUGAGAUGUACAGACAGAGAAUGGAGGAUUCACAGCUCUGCACUGAAGCCCAACACACACAGAGAGUGGUUUCUAUGAGCAGAGAGGUGGAGGAGAUGCGUCGGGAUUUUGAGGAGAAGCUGCGGGCGUUCAGCCAGGCUCAGGCCCAGUUUGAGGCGGAUAAACGGCGAGCGCUGGAGGAGCUGAGGGCCACCCACCGCCAGGAGGUGGAGGAACUCCUCAACAACCAGCAGAACCAGAGCGCCACCUCCUCCGAAGACCAGGAGAAACUGGCUGAGCUCCAUAGACAAGAGGUGGAAGCAUUGAUGGAGAGGGUGGAGGAGAUAUCGAAGGACAAGGUCCGUCUGGUGGAGGAGUUUGAGGCCAAGCUGGGCAAGGCUCAGGAGUAUUAUGAGAGGGAGCUGGAGGCCAUGAGGAGAACACACCAGCUCACCACUGAGAACCUGCUGGCCUGGAAAAGGACCGAGGUUGAGCUUCGUAAGGAGUUCCAGGCUCAGGAAGCAGCGCUGCAGCGCUCUCUGUCCAAGCUGAGGAGUGAGCUUCAGAAAGCUCAGGAGGAGGCCAGAGAGAACCGAGACAAGACCAACAGACUGCAGACAUCGCUGGCCAACGCCGAGGGAACUAUCAAGAACCUGCACAAACAGCUGGAAGAGGCCAUCCAGGAUGGAGAGAUCUGGGUGAUGCAGCUGAAGGACACAGAGUAUGAACUAGACGGCAGCAGGGAACGAGUUCAACAGCAGGCAACUGAAAUCCUCCAUAAAGCCAGUCAGAUUGGCUCCCUGCAGGCCACCCAGAUGUCCCACGAGGCCACCAUCAGGAACCUGGACGUGGAGCAGAGCCGGCUGAAGGAGAAGAUCAGCCGGCUGGAGGAGGAGAGGGAGGCUCUGCUCAACCAGAGCCAGGCCUCUAAUGACCAGCACAAACAAAAAGUGCUCAAACUAGAACAGUCUCUGCGUGAGGAGCACCAAGGUUAUGAGAAGGAGCUCUGCAGGCUGAGAGCACACUACGAGGAGGAGAUGCAUCGCUUCAGGGAGGCGCAGGUCAGAGCACUGGAAGAGAUGGAGGAGAAACACCAGGCCAUGAGGGAGGAGGCCCAGCAGGAGAAAGAGGAGGAGAAGAAAGUCCUCAUGACGAAAAUGAGUCAGGAGUUUGAGAUUAAGCGCCUGUCAUUGGAGGAGCAGCGUGAUCGCCUUCAGCAGCAACUCGACAACUUGAAAGAGGAGCUCUCGGCCAAGCUCAAUAUGGCCAAUCAGGAGGUGUCCCACUUCCAGGAGCUGGUGAGAGAGGGGGAGCAGAACAUGAGUUCAGCUCAGGCACAGAUCAGCUGUCAGAGGGAAACUCAGGAGAAACUCAAGACAGAACUGGACGCUACUCGAGCCCGGGUCCGAGAGACCAGCAACCUGCUAACUGACCUACAGGAGGAGAUCGAGACCCAGAGACAGCAGCAUGAUGCCAGAGUGAUGUCCAUCAGAACAGAAGAGAAGCAGAAGAUGGACAAGAUGGCCGAUGACUUGGACCAGAAAUGGAGAGAUGCACUGCGGGAGGAGGUGCGUUUACUGAAGGAGGAGUUGAACGAGGAGUAUGAAGCAGAUAAACAGGCGGCGCUGACUCAGCUCUCCCAGCAGAAAGAACUGGAGAUGAUGGCGGCGAGAGAGGGCUGGCAGAGGAAGGUGGAAGACUUGCUGGAACAGAUCUCUCUAUUGAAACAGUCCCUGGAGCUGCAGUUGUCACAGUCCCAGUCAGCUCUCCAGCAGCUGCAGUCUCAGUUUAACCAGGAGAGGGAGCUGCUGAGCCAACAGCUGAAAGAGAUGCAGAGAGAACAUCAGAGGAGAGAGCAUCGACUACAGGAGGCCCACUGCUGUGCCCUGAGCACCAUGGAGGAGGCCAGACAACACCAGAUAAGGGCCCUGGAGGAGCGUCUGAAGCAGGAGCAGAGGGAGGAGGUCCACGCUUUGAAGGAGGCCCACAGGAGGACCUUAGACAUCCUGAGACAGCAGUCGGACCAGGAGCUGCAGACGCUGCGAUUUGAGCUGGAGGACGAAGGGAAAGCAAAGCUGGCAUCUCUUCGUGCAGAACUGAACCACAUCCAUGCUGCGUCAAUAGAGCAUCUAAAGCAGAUCCACCUUAAAGAAAACACUUCGGCCAAACGAGAUCUAGAGAAAGCUAUGGAGCACAGCCGUCAGCAGGAACAAGAGCUCCUAGUUCGUAUAUCAGACCUGCAAGCAGAGCUGUGUUCCCGUAGCAACCGCAUCACCGAUCUGGACCACGAGAUCCACUCUCUGAACGAGACCAUUGACACUCUGACCAGAGAGCUGGAGAUAAAGGGCAAAGAGGUGCUGCGGGUCCGCAGUGAAGCUAACCAUCAGAUAAGGGCCCAUGAACAAGACCUUUCAAAGAGACAUGAGAGGGAUCUGGGGGAUAUAAAUAUAAUCCAUCAAAGAGAAAUACAAAUCAUGCUGGCUGACUUCAACAAGGCCCAGGAGGUCCUCAAAGACAAGAUCACCGCGCUACAAAUACUGCUGGAGGGGACAGAGGACAAGUUAAGACACAGAGAGAGCCGACCAGAAGACCUGCAUGUCAUAGCGGAGCUCCGAGAGAUGGUCACCGAAAGGGAAGCUCUGGUGAAAAAGCUGGUGGACGACAAGAAGUUCUACCAGCUGGAGUUGGUCAACCGAGAGACGGGGUUCAACAAGGUCUUCAAUUCCAGUGCCAAUGUUGGUGUAAUCAACCCUCUUAUCAAGUUAAAAACAGGCAGCCAAUCAGAUCACCGCUUCACCAGCUUUUCUAGCCAGUCAGCUCUCCGAUUGGUCGGCUCUCCCGCCAUGAGUCAUGAAGGAGAAGAAGAGGAGGGACGGGAGGUGGAGGAGCAUCCUCUUCCUCUUCCUUCUCCUCAUCCUCCACAUCAUCCCAUGCCAAGCCUUGCUCUUCCUCAUGCUCCUCAUCCUCAGGAAGCCCUGGUGCAUCAUCAGGGCCUACAAAGCUUUAGGAGCCUUCCUGAAGCCAACGCCACGACACCAUUUGACGGGAGGGGGCUGGAGCCAGGAAAAAGCAAAGAACAUGUUGUAAAAGAAGAGGAGCCGUACGCCCAGUACUUCACUUUCUGACCGGCAAAAAAAUUAAAUUCCACUUCUGUCAAAAAAAAAAAAAAAAAAAAAAAAAAAAAAAAGAGGUAAUGGGACAGAGAGCUAAAGUUGGACAGCAAUCCAAACUGUAGGUUUUGAAAGUAAUUUUAGCUAACAUUAUUUUCAAGUGUCCACUGCCAAUCACAGCGCUCCCAUCAGACGUGCAGUACUGAGAUCCCAAACCUUAGGGCUUCCAUACAUGGGGAGCAUGAUGAGUAAUGGGGCUUGUCAGUGCGUCUUCAUGAAAGCGUGCAUGGUAGCGGGAGGUGAGGCAAUAUAAACACUUUUAUACCAUCUGCAGUCGUGCGAAACGUGACAUUUGUAUGAGCUUUUAAGUGUGGAGGGAUAAAUAUAAGGACCCAUGGAAUUUAAUUUCGGUAGACCCAAAAGUUAAACUGUGAGUGUAGACUAGAGGUGGUGUGGUGGUAUUGAAGAGGGUCACUUACAGCUGUUUAAGAGACACAUUUUAAAUUUCACUCAAGUUCCCCACAGGGAUUAGAUUGCAUAAUAAAGUAAUAAGUAAUGUUUUUCCUCCCAAAAUUGACAGGCAUGGAGAGGAAAUAUUAGCUUUCUGAUUGUCACGACUAGUCACAUUGUUGUCCACUGAUAAAAAUGCAACUUUCUCCGUUACCUUUUAAAGUCAUCAAAUCAGGGCUGUAUUAAUCCUCUUAACAAGAGAUAGUAGCAAUAUUUCAGUAUUAAGAUGAUUCCCAUAUAUUACAACUUGGGUGCUACAGUAUUUUUAUAGUUUUGACCAUCUUUUCUAUUGGUAUACAUGGCAGUGUACUCACCGAGGUAAGUUACCUUGUCACACCAUCUUGUGAAUAAAAUGUUUUGUCAUAACUGAUAAAAGUGACGGUCAGAACUUCCAAAAUAACAACCAAGUUGUACAUUUGAAUGAUCCUUUUAACUAGCUACUCAAACCUCGAUAAAUUAAUUUCCUCUUUCCUCUCUGUGGCCCAAACCCCAGCUGGAUUCUUAAGCUCAUACAAAGAUGUCACAAACAGUGUUGCUCUGAGUAGAAAGUGUCACUAGUAAGUAGAUUUAGAGGAAGUGUUUUCAGAUUUUGUCUGGGUUUUUUUUGUUUUUUUGUACAUCAUGUGUCUUACAAGCUCUGACUGGAAGAGCUUUGAAAGUUCAGCCAGGGCAAAGUGAUUUUUGCCUUGGUACUCGCCUUUAGUCAUUGAUGCUGUGUCCCCCACCUGUACAUACCACACAAACAUGUAUUGGAGGGAAAAGGACAGACCUAGCUGUUGAUUCCGGUUGUUUUUUUUGGGCCUCUACGGUACGAUGAACUACAGUAUACCACAAUAACGACACCAGCAACAA